AUUGUAAUAAAACACUGAUAAGGAAACUCGGACCACAUUGGCUCCAUAUCGUACAGCGCUGGACUCUAUUUGUGUAGUCUAUUUCUCAGUUUGUUACCCGCGGGUGUCGGAGAAGUUUUUGCGGUCGGCGUCGAAAAAGAUGGUGUCGUGGUCGCCAAAAUCCGCUCGGAUGCCGUUAGGCAGAUUAAUGGUGGUCAUUUGUUUGGCGAUUUGUGGUCCACUCGAGGCGAUUGUCGAUGUGCCAACGAACUGUAACCAGCACACGGACGUGACGGGGACAUUUGAUCAGUACUGGGCUCUGGAUGAGAUCGGGAAUGAGCGAUCGGAGGAUGUGCCGAUCGAUUUCUUCAUGUUCAUCGAGGUGCGGAACUUUGAUGAGGAGAUUGGUAUGCUGCUGUCGAACAAGGACCGAUCAUUCGAGUACCCGGAUUUUGCGAGGACCUAUGAGGUUCGAUUGGGGAACGUCUACACGGUGAUCUACAGGGAGACGAUCAAGAUGCAGGCCUACCACAGUCCGAAGGAUAAGCUAUUUCCAGGGGAUAAAUUCAAGAUAAGAUUCCGAAUUUUGAAGGAAGGCAACAUCACGAUCACUUUGGAUGAUAACGAUCGAAAGCCUCUUCUGAAUGUUUUCGAUAAGCAAGGCCCUUUGGACGUGAGGUACAUCAGCUUCUCGUCUCGGAUGAAUAUGUACCCAAUAACUUUCCACUUCAAGUGCGAUCAGCCGAUCGUGAGCACGGAGGACCCAUCAGCGAAUGCUCUGUGGGGAUGCCCAGUUUGUCCCAAGCAGAAGUGUGAAGUGGUGGUCAAGGCUUGUGCCGAUAAUAACAAGGACCUUGGAGCGGCGGACCCGGAGAGGCAAAAAUACUACUUCUACUUCAACAUGUAUCUGAGCAACAAGAACAAAGGAAAAGGUUCAACCGAUCGAUUGGAUCGAACGCCUUCGCAUAAUUGAAAGGGGUGUAAUUUAGGCGUACGAGUACACAAUUACCAGUUUUACCAGAAUAAAUACCCCCAAUUUAUCA